UUUGCUGCCAUUCGCUCUGUAGAACGGAGAGUUUGUAGUGUGUUUUCCGCUCGUAUUAAAAGUUAAAACGCGAAACUUCGUCGUUGCGGCCCUAUCGUGUGUGUAAAUAUAUACGGCUGAGUGUCCAUUACGUGAUAAGCGAGCUUAAGAAAAAGUGAUUGUGUUUCGGAAAUAUCUCGUUCAUUCGAAAAAAUAAGUAAUUCCGCUGCUACCUGGACAAAUUAAGAUAGCAAAGUGCUAAGAAAAGAGACCUUUCUGAAAGGAUUGGUGGCAGAUUGUAGAUUAUUAACGACCGGCAGCGAGAUCGACACAAAUUGGUGGAUCCCCAGUUGCACAUUAUCGCCCUCAACUUAGGGUGGGGGCCGCGAUUUCCGAAGCACUGACGCUUGACGGGAGUACGCUUCGUGGCAUUGCUUUGAUUGUCAUCGAAUCGAAUAUCGGAAAUGCUAACUAUUUAAUACUGCACCUCCAGCUGUGCUCGUGCUAGUUCUCACAGGACGAUCAGAGUGUAAAGGCCCAUUCACGCACGCCUCUAGGCAAGCAUAGUUUCGAAUACAAAAACCGCACCGAACCAAACUGCUCUGCGUGUGUGUGGCUGCCGGAGUGAUUGGAUGUCAUGAAUCCGGACGAAUAUGAGCAACUGCCGACGACGAGCGUAGCUACGAAUAUGACGGCCGGUGCGAUAGCCGGUGUCAUGGAGCACUGCGUGAUGUACCCGCUGGACUCGGUGAAGACACGCAUGCAAUCGCUAACGCACAUGCAUGCACACGACACAAUCGUGUCGACCAUGCGUGACAUGGUCCGGGCGGAAGGUUUGCUACGACCGUUUCGUGGUGUAAUGGCCGUUGUUGCCGGGGCGGGCCCCGCACACGCCCUAUACUUCGGAGCGUACGAGUACUCCAAAGAAAUGAUUGGACGAUUCUCGGAGCAACAUCAGGUUAACUACAUGAUUUCGGCGGCGAUGGCUACACUGAUCCACGAUGCCAUUUCCAAUCCGGCCGACGUGGUGAAACAAAGGUUACAAAUGUACAACUCUCCCUACAGAUCGAUCCUUCAUUGUGCACGUGUCGUUUAUCAGACCGAAGGCUUGAGAGCGUUCUAUCGAUCUUACUCAACACAGCUUGUGAUGAAUAUUCCCUAUUCUGCAAUACAGUUUCCAACCUACGAAUUCCUCCAGAAAAGGCUCAACAAAGACAAUAGCUACAAUCCACCGGUGCAUAUGAUUGCGGGUGGUGCAGCAGGUGCAGUUGCUUCAGCCCUCACUACACCAUUGGACGUUUGUAAAACGCUGCUGAAUACGCAAGAGGAUGGUGCUGGUAAGACCAGAGGUCUCUUGCAGGCCGCCAAAAAAAUCUAUCGUACAGCUGGUCCGAUCGGUUUCUUCAAAGGGCUACAAGCCAGAGUUCUGUACCAGAUGCCGGCAACAGCUAUCUGUUGGUCCACAUACGAAUUCUUCAAGUAUAUUCUGACGCAAGAUAGCCGUAUCCCUUCCAGGACUGGAAGUUCGUCGGACGUUGUAUCUGGGACGGAACUAGUCAAGGAUGAGAAAAAAUUGUCCGAUUUGAGAUACGUGUUACCUGUCAGUUCCGCAUCAGCUGAAGCUUCGGCCAACAGUCUGAUCGUACGAAGCGGAACAACUUCUGGUGGAGAACGGGACUGUGGACGCCGCGAACUACCGGCCAUGUCCGGUGCCGGAAUCUACGGGGCGAUGAGUUACAAUACGAUGCACUCGAACGAUGCAAACCACAUCACUGACCAUCAGUUACGGCGUUCCAACUGAGUGAUAUCGAUGCGCAAAAAGGUUGGAUCAAUACACAAACUUAUUCAUCGCCCGGUUAUGAUUUUAUACUAAUCUCCAGCCACUUUGAUUCACUGAAUUGGUCCCACUCGCCUGUGUGUCACACAUGUAAUAUGAGCUCCCAAAAUCCCAGUUAUUCUUACAGCAAACAGAACUCAUUCGUCAGGGGCGAAAAUGAACAUUUUUAUUUUUAACUUUCGUCAGUUCCACGGGGAGGUUUCGCUUCAUUUGUUUGUGCGUGAAUCAAAUAAAUCGUUUGAUUGUGAAUUGUAAGCUAAUUCGUACGUAUUAAUUUAUAUUGGCCCAAUCGUUCCUUCAUUUUUACGUAUUUACUAUUGUGGGUAUUUGUGGUAAGCUAUAGUUGCGCGUCCGGUUCGUUAUUGAGUUGAUCCGGAUUUUGAUGACGCUGGGAAUACGGCUCUCAUGUAAAAUGUUUAAUUGUUAGGCGUGUAAAUAGGAGAGCAUUACCCAAUGCGUUGUUAAUUGAGAUAUCAAGACGUUAACAAUAGUGCCACAAAUUUACCCUCCGUUGUUAUUGUAAUGGUGUUUGUUUUUCAUACCACCCAUGUUAGGUGAGCAACAAAACACGAAACCUAUUCUAUAGAGAUUAAUACUUCGUUCUAACGUACACCCUUCCAGCAUGCGCAAGUGUUCGUGCUGUUCGAAGAAGGAAGAUAUUCUAAUUGAAGCCAAUUAGUAUAAUAAGAUUCUGUCUAGUGUUUCAAUGCAGAUAGAUUAUGCCUAGUAGAACAUUCUGAUCCCGAAACGCUACUGCCUGUUGAUUCGCAUGCAAAAGCUGAUAAUUCAAACAAAUGGAAAAAUGAACUUUCCUUUUUUCAACCGUGUGUUGUCAUUGAAAUUUCUCCCUUCUAAAUUGAUAACGGUUCCCCUGAGCUCAACAGCAAUGAUCAUUCAUGUUUGCACUAUCAUCACCCCCUAGUUAUAAAAGUAUAACAAUCGAAAAUAGCAACCGAUACAUAUUAGCAAUAGAGGCAAAUAUUAUUUUGGGAAAUGUUUCAAAUGCAACACAAUUAAACUCACCUUAGGAUACUUCUAGGACACCCUUACUUUGUUGCAAUCGGUACUAAGUAUCGUCUCAUGGUAAGAUGCCAUAGGAAUGCUUGAUACCAAAGGAUCAAGACGUUGACUGUGUUCCAUAGGAACUUGACAGAGGGAAGGAAAUACAUUUAAUUAGAAUUGACAAUGACUUAAAAGAAGAUAGAAAAAAAUCGAAAAAAACGGAAAUGUUAUCGUUUGUAUAAAACGAUGCCGGAUUCGCUGGAGAGCGUAUUUACCGGAAGUGUACAGUUGAGUAGUGUGAGGAAAAACAAAAUUUCAAAUUAAGAAGCAACUAUUAUAAAUACCUGUAUAUUAAAUAAAAAGUUGAAAUUUCA